UUCUUCAUCCGGUUCGGUAUCGUCGUCCGGAACCACCGACCCGGGUACCAUUGCUCCCCUCUCGGCCGAAAUAUCUCUCGAUUUGCCGGCAUUUUACAGUAAUUUCUGCUCUAUUUUACCGCUACGAUUUAUUAACAAAAACUUUAGUCUAUGUCGUGGUAGCGGUCGCUUCGUUUCAGCACGGUACCGAAACGGUACCUUCUGGUUCUUGCGUCUACCGAGAUUUAUCGAUGAAUCAGUGGACUUUUGUUUACGUAUGGUAAUUUAGAGUGAGUGAAAAUGCCGUGUUUGAGCAGUGCUAAACGAUGUCUGAAGAAUAAAACGAAAGAGAUCAAACAGAGGAAGAAAGGCAAAGAGAAUGAAUUGCAAGAGAAGAAACGAAAAUCGAAGAACCGCUGGAAGAAUUUGGAAAACAUGGACCAAUACCUUCAGUACAUCGGAGGUGGCGCUGGAGCCCUGGCCCUCACAGGAGUAGCGGCAGCUUCAGCUUUUUACCUGGCGAGUCGGCCGUCUCCACAAAGACCACUUUUUCCUUUGGACGCCCAGUGUAUAUUGGAACCUGAAGAACAUGGGGGUCCAGAUGUGAUAAGAGUUUCCAGGUUUUACAAGGACGCCAAAGAAGGGAAAUUCGUCAGUUAUUUACAUCCAGACGCGAGGACUUUGUACGAAAGUUUCAGACGAGGAUCCAAAGUAUCCAAUAAUGGACCAUGUCUAGGAUGGAGAGAAUCAUACUCCAAACCUUACCAAUGGCUCACCUACAACGAGGCAUUACUCAGAGCCAGAAACUUGGGCUCAGGAUUGGUCGAAGUCGGCUUGAAACCUGGCACGGGCACCAUGAUUGGAAUAUACGCCAUCAACUGUCCGGAAUGGAUCUUGAUAGAACAGGCAGCUUAUUGCUAUAGCAUGGUUAUAGUACCUUUGUACGACACAUUAGGAGCAGAUGCCUGUGCUUAUAUUACCAAGCAUGCGGAAAUUCAAGUUAUCCUAGUUGAGGAUGACGCCAAGUGUAAUUCUCUAUUGGAGAAAUCGCCUAGGUGUUUAAAGAAACUUAUAGUUUUUAAGGACAUUCGGCCAGCUACGCGACAGAGAGCUAAGAAUAUGGGAAUAGAAAUUCUGAAGUUACACGACGUAGAAGUGCUAGGUUCAAAGUCAAAUAAUCCAGAAGUUCCUCCAAAGCCAUCAGACUUGUGUACGAUCUGCUACACGAGCGGGACCACAGGUCAACCUAAAGGAGUCAUGUUGACUCACGAAAACGUAGUAGCCUCUAUGAGUGCAGUUGUUUUACAGUUCGGCGAUCAUAGGCUAAGAAGCGACGACGUCAUGUUGUCAUUUUUACCGCUAGCUCACAUGAUGGAAAGGUGUUGUGAGAGUGCUAUGUACAUGCAAGGCGGAGCUGUAGGAUUUUACUUAGGUGACGUAAGAAGAUUGUCCGACGACAUGAAAGCUUUAAAACCCACAGUGACACCAGCUGUUCCGAGAUUACUCAACAGGAUUUACGAUAAGGUCCAAUCGGAUAUAAGUAAUAACUGUGUCAAGAAAAUGUUGUUUAAUAUGGCUAUUAGUUCUAAGGAGAGUGAACUGAAAAGGGGUAUUGUAAGGAAGAAUAGUAUAUGGGACAUGAUAGUGUUUAGAAAAGUGCAAGAAGGUAUGGGUGGUAGACUGAGGUUGAUGUUGGUUGGGUCUGCGCCUUUGGCAGAAAGUGUACUUACUUUUGUUAGGUGCGCCAUGGGAUGCGUUGUUGUAGAAGGAUAUGGCCAAACCGAAUGUUGUGCUCCAGUAACUCUCACGAUCCAGGGAGACCACGUUCCCGGUCACGUAGGACCGCCAUUAGCCUGCUGCUGUAUCAAAUUGUGUGACGUACCGGAAAUGGAAUACUGGUCGAAGAACAACCAGGGUGAAGUGUGCGUGAAGGGCACCAAUGUAUUCCAAGGGUAUUUCAAAGAUCCAGACAAGACUCAGGAAGUUGUAGAUGAUUUGGGAUGGCAUCAUACGGGUGAUAUUGGAAUGUGGAUGCCUAAUGGAACGUUGAAAAUCAUCGACAGAAGGAAGCACAUAUUCAAACUAUCCCAAGGCGAAUACAUAGUUCCGGAAAAAAUUGAGAACAUCUAUAUCAGGUCGCAGUACAUAGCUCAAGUUUUCGUUCAUGGAGAAUCACUUAAAUCGUGUAUAGUAGCUGUCGUAGUUCCAGACGUAGACGUGAUCAAAUGCUGGGCUCAGGAGAAUGGUAUCACCGGUACUUUUAGUACUCUCUGUAACUAUUCGGAAGUCAAGCAACUUAUCAUGGACGAUAUGUUAGCCAAAGGAAGGGAAGGUGGACUUAAAUCUUUUGAACAGGUAAAAGACAUUUAUCUGCACCCGGACCUGUUCAGCGUUCAAAACGGACUACUCACGCCGACACUGAAGAGCAAACGUCCACAAUUGAAGACUUACUUUAAGCCACAAUUAGACGAUAUGUACACGAGACUAACGUAAAAAUCUGCGUGCAUAUUUCGGCACCUUACACAUUACCUUGUUAAGAUAUUGAUUAAAUUUAGAAAAGCACAUCCGAUUUCUUGCCAAUCCUUUUGAUAUAGAGAAUAAUAACUUUUUCACUCCAUUGGCCAUUUUUCAAAAUUUAAGACGGGGUCCAAAAAAAAUGGAAACAUGCCGUCUCUACAAAUGGACAAAUAUACCUACAAAGAAUGGUCCAAGUUAAAACACUAUUUCUAAGAUUAUAUAAUUACCAAGCAAUAGUGUAAUUUCGAUUAUUCCUAUUACGUAAGAUUUUCUUUAGUUGUAUGAACAACAUAAGUUGGUGUGCGUACUCUGUAAUUUUAUCAUGUUGGAUUUAUUUAAUUAUUUGAAACUGAUAUGAAAAAGCCACACUUUUACAAAAACAUGCAGUUGCGGGUCUCAAAUAAGGAGAAUAUGGACUUAUUUUUCCAAAUGUCAGGCUUUUCCCCGCUAACAUACCAUAUGAUCAACAACAAACAGCGUCCACUUGACUCUGAAAUUAUAAUACACUACGAUCUUUAUUUCCAAGCCAUCUCUGACGCCGUUUUUUAUCGUGUAGUACAAUAUCUUAGUACAAUAUAUUCUGUGUGAUAAAAAAACAGGCGUCCAGUUGGCGUUGAAAUGACGAUCGAUGAUAUUCCCCAUAUAAUUUUACAUAUAAGAUUAAAGCGAUCUUCAUUUGAAUACCAUCGUUGACGCUGUUUUUUUUCGAUCAUGUACUAUAUUGAGGUUUUAUCCCUAUGAUCAGAGAGAUACCUUGACUUUGACAGUUAAACAUUUCUAUAUAUCUUUUUCCAUAUAAAUUGUUUAACUGUCAUCUUACAAAACACAUUAAAUUUGAUUAUAUAAAUCUUUACAAUAUUGUAUUUCGUAGAUACAGCUAUAUACACAAAUCUGUUCUUCUGUAUCGGUCAUCUUUUGAUGCUUGCAUUUUUUCGCCUAUGUUUUCCAUGGGAAAUGACAAAGAAUGGGUCUGGUAUAUUAAAAUUUUUCAGUAUAAAAAAAGAUAGAAGAUGAAGAAUAGUCAUGUUGGUGAUGUAGAAAACAGUUACUGAACAUUAUUGUAUAGCAGAAUCCACAA